AGAUUCCAUUUCUGCAGAGGACAGCGUGCAGGGGACACCCUUCGAGGCUUUGGAGCCACCUAGGAAGCAGGCUGGCUGCUGCACAGGCCUCUGCUGGCCUCCUUGCACAUGUCCUUGGUGGGUGAGAGAUGAGACAGAGAUGUCUAUACCUGGGUUGACAUGAGGCACAAUCUACAGCAGGAUCCCCACCAGCCAGCCUCAAAUUGUUCAGGAGGGGACAGCUAUGUCCUGAAUCAAGGGAGGUUUAGAGGAUCAUGGACCUGGUGCCCUUCAAGUCAGCAUCUGACUGCAGAAGCACCCAGGUGAGAUGGCUUCCGACACUGCUGGCAUGAGUAGCCUUCCCGGCAAUGCCAUCUCCUGCCGUCCUCACCUCCUGGCCCCAGUGACCCGCAUGACGCUCUCUGUUCUACACAGCCCUCCUGGUCUUCAGUGCCCUGGGAAACAUCCUUGCCCUUUGCCUUACCUGUCAAAAGGGCAGGAAGAUCAACUGCACAGGCGUCUACCUGGUGCACCUGGCCGUGUCUGACCUGCUGUUCACCGUGGCCUUACCGGGAAGGGUGGUGUGUUAUGUGCUGGGCUCCAGCUGGCCUUUCGGCAAGGGGCUCUGCAGGCUGACGGCGUUUGUGCUCUACACCGACACCUACCGGGGGUCUACCUCAUGGCCUGCGUGAGCGUGGACCAUUACCCAGCUGUGGUCUGUGCCCACUGGGGCCCGCGGCUCCGCACGGCUGGCCGCGCCAGGCUGGUCUGCGUGGCCAUCUGGACCUUGGUGCUGCUGCAGACAAUGCCCUUGCUCUUGAUGCCCAUGACCAAGCCGCUGGUGGGCAAGCUGGCCUGCAUGCAGUACAGCAGCAUGGAGCCGGUCCUCGGGCUGCCCCUCAUGGUCCUGGUGGCCUGUGCCAUUGGCUUCUGUGGGCCAGUGGGGAUCAUCCUGUCCUGCUAUAUGAAGAUCACCUGGAAGCUGUGCAGGACAGCUGGGAGAACCCAGUGACCAGCGGGAAAGGACACCACCGGCGGGGCAGCCCGGGAGGACCCAGUGACCAGCAGGAAAGGACGCCACCGGCGGGGCAGUCCAGGAGGACCCAGUGACCAGCGGGAAAGGACACCACCGGCGGGACAGCCCGGGAGGACCCAGUGACCAGUGGGAAAGGACGCCACCGGCGGGACAGCCCAGGAGGACCCAGUGACCAGCAGGAAAGGACGCCACUGGCGAGGCUGCCUGCUUACACUGCUGAUGCUGGUGGCCGUGGUGGUCUGCUUCAGCCCCUACCACCUCAACAUCAAGCAGUUCAUGGCGAGAGGGAUGCUCCACCUGCCAUCCUGCGCCGAGUGGAGGGCUUUCUAACUGUCUCUUCAGGCCACCGUGGCCCUCAUGAACAUGAACUGUGGCAUUACCCCAUCAUUUACUUCUUUGCAUCCACCCAUUACAGGAAAUGGCUCCUGGGCAUUUUAAAGCUCAAAGGGUCUUCCUCCUCCUCCUCCUCCGCCCCAGGAAAAGCUUCUUCAGAAACACCAAGUGUCACCCAGGCCAGAGGUUCUAUGUCCUUAGCGGAGCACAUGGUCUAACGUGUCAUUUGCUUUAUGACUGUAUCUAGGGAGGGGUCCAGCGUUGGGGUAUUGAAGUUGAUACAAUUUGGGCAAAAGGUUUUUUAAGGAAAAGAAUACAGAAUAAGAAAUACAAAAUUAGGCUGGGCCCGGUGGCUCACGCCUGUAAUCCCAGCACUUUGGGAGGCCGAGGUGGGCGGAUCACCUGAGGUCAGGAGUUCGAGAGCAGCCUGGCCAACAUGGUGAAACCCCAUCUCUACUAAAGUACAAAAAUUAGCCAGGUGCGAUGGUGGGCACCUGUAAUCCCAGCUACUCAGGAGGCUGAGGCAGCAAAAUCACUUGAACUCGGGAGGCAGAGGUUGCAGUGAGCCGAGAUCGCACCACUGCACUCCAGCCUGGGCGACAAGAGCAAGACUCCAUCUCAAAAAGAAAGAAAGAAAGAAAGAAAUACAAAAUUAGAGACAGGGUCUUUGAAGGGACAGUGUAAGGAUGGAGCCCUGAAGUUUGGACUUCAGUAUCCUGACAAACACAGCUCUAAUAUCUC